GCUAUAACGCAACAGGGAGACAUACAGGCUUCCUGCCCUUCUAGGUGAGCGGAAGAAGCGACUGCUUGAAGCGAGAAUUCACGAUUGCUCACGGUUCUGACGUCACCCGCUUGCCUUUCUGAGCUUCACCGCGUCUCCUCUUGGGGCUUCUGUUCCUUUAGCUUCGUCUCCACUUGCGACGCGUCCACCACCACUACCGCGACUUUUCGCACGUUCAACCAACCCAACAACCGGACUGGCAACCGCCGGGGAUCUACCUCAGCAAUCAUGCCUCGUCGUCAAUUCGUCGCCGAUCUCCAACAGGCGGUGGAAGGCGUAUCUAUCGCGGGCAUCUCCGAUGUUCAAGUGGGCAAUGAUGACGGCGAGUUCACCUUUAUGUGCGUCGCCGAUGGAUACCAAAUCAAGAUCUCGGCCUUGAUCCCUGAGCUCUCCGACUAUCCUUCUAGUCAUAUGUGCAUGAUAUUUGGUUCGGACAACGCGUCAGCCACUGUCUCUGCUAUUCUCGACGAGACUUCGGCCAUUGCUGCUGGCAAGACGGUACCACAAAUCCUUGAGCUUGUAUCUCGCAAAUUGGAAUCCACAGAUAGAGAUGGUGACCAGCAGAUGCUGGACUCGCAGGAGUUUGAGGAGUUCGAAGAAGAAGGAGAUUACGACGAAGAGGAGGAAUACUUUCCGGGCGAUGAGGACGUUUCACCAAGGCUUGGAGGCACUCACCAACACGAGUCGGUCCCAACUGGAGGUUUCACACAAGCUACACCGGAAUUCCGUGAACGCGUGCGCCAAGAUCUUCGAACUACGAAGGAGGCAGGCUUAAAGGUUGGCUACCUGGGAGGUCUUAUGAAUGGCUUAGCAUGCUACGUCAGUGUCUCGAUUCGUGUCUCCAAACUGGGCAUCUCCGAGGAAGCUAUGCAAGCGUGGCAGCUGCAGCCAAACGAGUAUCUCGUGGCCAUCUUUCACUACCCCAAUGGCUACAAGAAUAUGGACGAUCUCAAGUCGUACGACGCAGCUACAGCUCGGCGAAACUUCAGCCUUCGUAUCGGUAUUUCUACGUCUUACAAGCCUGACCUCAAAGAAGCGAUACAGGCUUUCACAGUACUCAGCAGAGACGAAGAGAAGCGACGAGAAGAUUCACAGCAAACCGAGCCCCAGCCACUAGCCACACUGCCGAAAGGUUUCCGGAAUUCCUUCAUCUCAAGGCCGCUUAACGAAUUGCUGGAGCAACGUUUUCAUAUGAUCCUCAAAUAUCGAUACAGCGGAAUGCCUUGGCAAGGGGCCGAAGCGUUCUAUAAUGACCAAAUUUCACGGUCUUCACACACAACUUCGACGGCCGGUGCAGAGGAUAGAUACUAUGAGCCUGAGCAGGUCAGCACCAACUACCCCUCCCUUGUGAUGGCGGAUCAUAUUCAAGACUCGUUGAGUGAGAAGCACUCUCUUCCUCUGGUGGGAAUGCAGUUUGUACUGCGACACUUUGUGCGUUGCACUGAAUUCUGUCUGAUCUGUUUCAACAAGAUGGCAGACGACCUUCAAGCCAUCAAGCCUUAUGUUUGUGACAAUCCGUUGUGUCUGUACCAGUACAUGUCGCUUGGGUUUGGUCCGAGUAUCGAACAUGAGAUUCUAUCUCAACCGAAGGUGGUGGACCUCCUAGUCAGCUUCUGCUAUGCGAGUGCUCGCAUAGGCAAACUCAAAGACUUCCCUUCUGGCCUUGGCCUAGCGGUACCUCCUCCUUUAUCGAACGAAAAUGGAUAUGCAGACGUUCAGCCUCACAAUUACCGUGGAAUGUCUGGAGCACUGCCGUCACAGCAGUCUCUGUCAAAAGAUUCGAUCGUCGAUAAAGGUGCAUAUGGCAUGAGAUUCAAUAUGGAAACAAAAGAGAUGUUGUUUGAGGAUAGAACCAAACCUUGCCCUGUUAGGAGUUCAGAUUGGGUCGUCAUAAGAAUGAGCAAAGACCCAAGACAAGCGUUGCACUGUCGUGUGGUCGACGCUUCGCUUUACCCGUCCGUCAAGGUCUCUACGCCUGUCAUACCGUCCAUCCCAUCUGCACAGAAUGUUACAUAUCCAGGAUCACUACCGGCUCCAUCGACUGGUCAACAGAACAAGAACCCUACAGGUUCGACGACAGAGUUUCGCGACGCGAGCUUCCACGUCUAUAAUCAGAACUUCGACGACUUGUUAGAGCAACAGAAGCGACAGGCCAUCAUUAUCCUUCUGGAUAUACUUCCACCCGUGAAGGAGAUGAAAGAUUAUCUCCUCCGAAAGACACAGUCUCCGCUAAGUGCCUGGGUCGACCGCCUUCCAUCUGCUGCUCUAGGAGUCCUUCGUUGGAUCAUCGCCUCAAACCGAGCAUGUAUCCUCCAGACCGAUCACGAAGAGGAAACUGCCAGCAAUCGUAAGUCAGACGGCCGCUUGUAUGGUAUGUCCGGAUGGGCACAGUUCAGAUUCGCCAUGGGAGCUCCUGACAAGGAGCGUCGUUUCAUUCAGGCGGUGCGACAGACCUCCGAUAGACUCCAUUUGAAGUAUCCUACAUUGUUCGCCUGGCAUGGUAGCCCGUUCCAAAACUGGCACAGUAUCAUACGCGAAGGUCUACACUUUAACGACACUCUUCACGGCCGAGCUUUUGGAAACGGCGUUUACCAUUCACUUGACCUAAACACGAGUAUAGGCUACUCACAGGCCACACCUGUCGAGUGCGUCUGGUCCAUGAGUGAGCUCAAAAUGCCGCAUGCGUUGGCUCUGAACGAGGUUGUCAAUGCGCCCCUGGAGUUUGUGAGUAAAACUCCGCAUCUUGUAGUCGCCCAACUCGACUGGAUUCAAACUCGCUACCUCUUCGUCAAAUCGAACGGGAACUACGCAACAACGGUGACUGCUCCAACAGCCACUGAAACAAAGCCACUGGAGGUAUUGGAACAGGAUCCAGCCCUGACUCCUCGCGGUGCCUCGGCCAACCAGCUCGUCAUUCCCAUUCGUGCUGUCGCAAACUCAAGGCAAUCGAAGCCAGAGAACACAACGAGUCACAAGCGUCGGAAAGCCUUAGGCAAUAGUCAAUAUGAUCGCAUCCCAAUCAAUACGGAUGAUGACGAUGGUGCAAGUGUCGCCACUCUCGAGGAGGACCGAAUGAUCUUCUUUAACGACGAUGACGAAGACGGAGACGGCGAUUUCUUCAAAUCUCAAGUUCUGGAUCCUCUUCCUACGCCAAACUCCAUCACAGGCGACAAAGGCAAAUCCAGAAUUGGAAGCAUGGUUUCGAAUGGUCUCUCCAAGCUCAUGGGUUCUAAGAAAGCCCUCACAGAUUACGUCCCUGGCACGCUUGAUUAUAGCACCCUUCCUAUGCUUCAACAUCCAGCAUGGGCUACCACUUCUGCUACAAAGUGCUUGAUGAAAGACUUCAAGAGCUUGAUCCACGUUCAGAACACGACGCCUGCUCACGAGCUUGGCUGGCAUAUCGACCAGGACAAGAUGGAGAACAUGUACCAGUGGAUUGUGGAGCUUCACUCUUUCGAUCCCGUACUUCCAUUGGCAAAGGAGAUGAAGCAACGCAAUAUCAAGAGUGUCGUGCUGGAGUUGCGCUUCGGCAAAGACUAUCCCAUGAGCCCGCCCUUCGUCCGCGUUAUCCGACCACGUUUCUUAGGAUUCCAGGCUGGUGGCGGCGGACAUGUCACAGCAGGUGGAGCUAUGUGUAUGCAACUCUUGACCAAUGACGGCUGGACGGCAGUGUCUUCGAUUGAAUCCGUUCUUCUUCAAGUUCGGGUCGCUAUAUCGAGCACUGAUCCGAAGCCUGCUCGCUUAGAGCCAGGCGGUCGGAUUGACUACGGCGUCGGCGAGGCAGUCGAAGCGUACAUGCGCGCGUGCGCUGUACAUGGCUGGACGGUUCCGGCGGGCUUCAAGGAGAUGGCUUAUGGUGGCUCUCAGGGAGCAGGGUUUAGUCUGAUUUAGAAAAGGAUCCACCGAUCCAAAGCCCGAUCAGCUGAGGAGCUUACAUUGUGUACUCAAGGGUAUAACCAAGUUGUUAAUGGCCCGAGCCGCAAGGUUUACUGGAGAACGACCGGCGUUCGGGGCUCUGACAUGAGUGGCGUUUCUGCAUUUGCUUGUAAAGAGGAGUUUCUGUCAAGGUGCAUGGGAUGGAUAUGA